AUGUUGCUCAAACCCACUUCACCUCCGGCGAUGAAAAAGAAACUAUUCCGACUGAAUUCAGUUGAAAAUCAUGCACCCCUGAAACGAGUGAAAUCAGUCGCGAUACAAACUGAUCGCAUGGAAAAAUCGUCGACAUCUACAAACACGCCUAACUAUCUCGAUGACAUGUUAAUUCAAGGAAAGAAUAUGAACGAUGAAGAUUUUCAGAAAUUUAUCAAAGAACGAGCAUCGGAUUGUUAUUGGAAAAUCUCGGCAGAACGUGCACGGACGAAACUCGAUGAAGAAUUACGAGAAAAUCGACAACUGCAUGAAUUAUUGGAUGAAUUAUCCAAAGAAAACGACCAUUUACGAGCCAAAAGUGAACAUUGUGUAUAUUUGACUAACGUUUUUAACUCCAUGACGUCAGAAUAUGACAGUGGUAUUGAAGUGCCUGCGAUUGAUGAAUCUCCGGUUUCAAAACGACAAAAAACACAUAUUUAA